AAACCGGAAACGGGACGUAAUUUUCCAAUCAUAACAUAAGUUUACUUAUUGAAUGAUGACUAAACUUAAAGUAAAACCCAACUCGGAAAAGUUUUAAUUCCUCAUUCUUGAUCCGAAUGGCUUCACAAAAUCAAGUUCUGUUUGCCAAAGACAGUGUUUAUGUCCAUAUUAAUGUGCAAGAUACAAAAGACAAAGAUGCUCAUAUAGCAGGAAGAGUGUUCUUAGUUCACAAGCCUGAGGGCAACUUUAUUGAAUGGAAAGCUGAAGACUUUUUGAGUUCAGAAUCUCAAAAUGAUGAAUGGGAUGUUAUUGGGUCUGUUGGUUAUAAAAGUGAUAGAGAUUCAGAAAGUGUUUCAAUGAAUGCAAAAAUGGAUGCUAGAAGGAAGUACAAUAUAAGUUUUGAUAUUUUGGACUUGAAAAGCUUUAAACGCAGUGCACCCAACCAUGGAUGGGCUUAUAUUAUCUUCAUUCUCAAAGACGGCACAACUUUUCCCGCUCUCCAUUUUCACAAUGGAGGAAGUAAAGCAUUGCUGAAGGAACUUGAAUCUUUCAUCCUUAUCCGCAGGUCGCCCAAUGAUCCUCGUUUGUUUAUUGUACAUGAUCAUGACCCAGAGAUGCUGUCCAAAUCUUUCAACGAACUCUCCCUCUUCUCAGACUCAUCUGGAGCCUAUGUUCAAAAUUUCGUCCGAGAUCCCCACAAAAAAGGCAUUCAUAAGAAGUUUAUGAAAGACCCAUACACAACUACACUGGGGGGCUUCUCUAAAGUGACCAACUUCCUGCGUGAUGUCCUGCUCACACCUGAAAACAACCUGGUUAGACCUCAAGCAGAAGUGGCUGAGCUUCUUCACGAUGAGAUACCUGGCAUGGAGAUAUCCAACAUGGAUGAGCCAGGAUUUGAAAUGGUGACCAAGACAAAAUUGCCACCACGUCCAACAGUGAAGAGAUCAGACCCACUUGUCAAUCAACAGUGGAAUUCUUAUUUUGAUGCUGAAGGUAGAAUUACACAGGUUGAAGACUUAAAGGACAUCAUUUUCAGAGGCGGUGUAGAUCCAAGUAUUCGCUCCGAGGUGUGGAAAUUCUUGUUAGCCUAUUAUGACUGGGACUCUACAGCCAAAUCUCGACAAGAUCACAGAAAGCGAAAAGUAGAUGAUUAUUUCCGCAUGAAACUUCAGUGGAAAACUAUCAGUUCAGAGCAAGAGAGAAGAUUUACCCUUCUGAAAGAAAGAAGAGGCCUUAUAGAUAAAGAUGUCAUGCGCACUGACAGGACGCACAAGUUUUUCAGUGGUGACAAAAAUCCAAACCUUCAAGUGUUGUAUGACAUCCUCAUGACAUACUGCAUGUACAACUUUGAUCUUGGUUAUGUUCAAGGCAUGAGUGAUAUUCUUGCCCCAAUACUUGUUGUGAUGGAGAAUGAAGUUGAUGCUUUUUGGUGUUUUGCUGGUGCUAUGGAGCGUGUGUGUCACAAUUUUGAGAUGGACCAAAAUGGAAUGAAAGUUCAGCUGUCACAAAUUCAUAAAUUAAUGCAGGUCUAUGAUCCUGAGCUUUGUGCAUAUUUAGAGAGUCAUGAUUCUGGCAACUUUUAUUUCUGCUUCCGCUGGAUUUUGAUUCUAUUUAAAAGAGAGUUCCACUUCCACGAAAUCCAAAGACUUUGGGAGGUAAUUUGGACUGACCGACCUUGUGCAAAUUUCCACCUCAUCAUCUCCUUAGCUAUUUUAGAUUCUGAAAAGUCUACCCUCAUGGAAAACAAAUUUGGAUUUACUGAAAUUCUCAAACACAUCAAUGACAUAAGUUUGUCCAUACCACUGGAGGACACGCUCUGUAAAGCAGAGGCCAUUUUCCUUCAGCUGAAAGAGUACAAGAAGCUGCCAAAAGCCGUGAAGGAAAUUUUGGGCUUGUUACCUGUGCCAAUGUCCAUGUCCAUGGAGAACAGUAUGUUCAUGUCAGCCAGCACGCACCAGGAAGCCAAGCCAGAACAUAAAGUGGACACACCCCAGUUGAUGGCUGGGGGAGGGGGGAGCGCAGCUGUGAAUGGUUCCAGGGGGUCUGUGUCGCUGGGAGUCAAGCAGAAUAGUGUGGUGGAUGAGGGGAGUAAAAUAUUUACAUAGCUCCAGUCUGUCUGGCAUGGUAGUCCAACAUACAGUUUUGUCAGUUCAGCUUAAGGGGAGGGGGUUGUGAAGGUUGUCCAACAUGCAGGUGGUAUUUAUUUUGUCACAAGUUUCAGAAGAAAAAAAGGGUUUGAGCAAGUUUUUAGUGUGAGAUGUAUCUGAAGAAUGUAUGACGCUAAAAAAAAUGUGGAGAACUGUGACAGAAAGACGGUUCUACUGCUGCCAUUGUUGUAUUGGAUUUGUCCAAAAGUUCCAUUGAUGAAGUCAGAGAAUAGUUUGCUGUCUUUCUUAAGAUUUCUCUAAAAAUGAUUUUGCUGAAAUUUGAAAACAGAUAAUUUUUUGUUCACAGCUUAUAGCAGCUUAUUCCACCUAAGCUCUUUUGUCUUUACUGUUAAUUUAUAUAAGCAUGUCUAUAAGAAUCUGGUCUGGCAUACUUAAGCGAAUACAUUUUUUAAUGCUAAGCAGCUAUUUCACAAUUUUAAAAAAUCACAGCUUGUUUACAGUACUCUUGGGUAAACUGUUGGGUUAUUAGUUUUUAGUACUUCUGAUGAUUAUUUCAGAUGAAAAUAUUUUAAAAAUUAAUCUCAGCCUAUACAGCAAAGCAUAUUUUUAUUAUGCAGAUAUGAACCAGCACAAGUAACUACUGGAUAUUUCAGUCAUACAUUUUUCUCUCCCUUAGUUAAAAACAACUAAGGACUUCUUAUCUCCCUUAACGUGUUGAGACACCUAAGACUUUAUCAUAUAAGCUAGUGUGUGAUUACAGUUUUUAUUUUAUCCUGAAGUGAUCAUGAGCCUCUUUUUAAGGCUAAAUAUAAUAUAGUCAUGUCUGAACAUAUUCAUGUACUGGUCUUUAAUGGUUAAAAUAAUAGUCUAUGCAGACAUGCUACCAAGUUCACAUGUACAGAUUUUCUCUUCAAGUUCAACUGAUGAGUUUUUUUCUCUAAGAUGUUCAUCCAGUAUCUUGUUCAGAGUGUAAAGAAUAUAUAAUAGAAAAUUUGUGGCUUUUAGAGUUGGCUUGACUAUCCUGGGAGUGGUAAAACCGUCAUGCCAAAAAUUAUGCCGAAGUUGUGAACUGUUGUGAUGCUAUUGAAAAUAAAUGACAGUAUGUUGCACAGAGGGUUACCAAGUAUAUCAUGAUUAUCACUUCACUUUAAAUUGUUCAAAAUGUUAAUAUAAUAUAAAUUUAAACUAAGUCAUUCUAUGAAAACAUUAAUUUGCUAAUUUGUUUUUUUAAAUAACCUGUUGGUGUAUUUGGACAUUUUUGUAACAUAAAUAACUGAUGCUCUAAGCAUUUUUUUUUUUCAAAAUAAAAAAACACUUUUUUUUGUAAUUUGUAGACAUGGCAUAAGAAUUUGUAAGUAGAUUUCCAGAUGAAAUUCACACAAUAAAAUAAGUGAGAGGCAAUAGGUUUAACUUGGCCAUUAAGAUGAACUGCUCAAAGUGGCAGAUUUAAUAACAGCUGAAGCUUGAAGUCACAUGAUGUGUAGGUCACAUGUGUUACAUAUUUGGCUGAUAAAACAAUUGUUGUGUCUCUGUUUUUUUCUUGAAUGGAAAUGUAUUUUUGCCACCAUUCCAACUUGUUUGUUAUUGUAAACACAUGUAAACUGAACUACUACCUAGGUAUACUUGACUGUUUUGUUGUAUACUUUUAGCUGUAGCUAGGUAUACUUGACUGUUACAUAAGUAUACUUUUAGCUGGAUAUAUCAUAGGGCUGCAUAUAGAGUUUUGGCCUUGACCUUACUAUUAUUUAGUAGACCUAACUGUACAUAAUGUUACUGUUGCUAAAUAAUAGCAUUUUUUAAUCUUUCAAUCUUCCACUUGUCAUAUUCAGUCCUAUACAAAGGUGAACUGAACUUCUUGUUUAAAAAAAUUUCAAUAUUAAAUCGUACAUUUUUAUGGGAUUAAAAGAAUUACAUUUAAUUUUCUUCUUCAUAUUUUUUGUAAAGUAUGUUGCAAACUUAUUAAGAAAAACAUAUUUCCAAACAAUACUUCAAGUGAAAACAUACAAAGAUGAUGUGAACUUUUGAAAAUUUUUCCAUUUUUCCCCCAUAUCAAUUGAUUCAAGAUGAGUUCAAUGUAUUGUAUUGAUACUGUCAUAGUGAAAUGUCUUUCAUGAUUCAUCACUUACUUAAGAGUUUAUGUAUUUUAAUACUGACUUGUUCUCUCAAAUUUAAACAUUCUCAGUUUAAAUUUUUUUUAGA